AGAGAUAAAGCGAUUUAAGUUUGAGAUGAAGAAGUGCGAGCUCUGCAAGUGUCCAGCAAAGUUGUUCUGUGAAUCAGAUCAAGCCAGCCUUUGUUGGGAAUGCGAUGCGAAGGUUCACAGUGCAAACUUUCUCGUCACUAAGCAUCCCAGGAUUCUUCUCUGCAAUAUUUGUCAAACACAAACAGCUUGGCAUGGCACGGGACCCAAGUUUGUACCCACCAUCUCCGUUUGCAACGUUUGUGUUAGCAAUAAUAAUGAGACCUGCAAUCAACAUGACGAUGAUGAUUACGAUGAUGACGACGACGACACGGAGGAGGAUGAUAUAGAAAACGAUGAUGUUGGUGUGGAAGAAAAUGAAGAGGAAAAUCAAGUGGUUCCAUGGACAUCUACACCGCCACCACCAGUUUCUAGUUCUUCAAAUGGUGAAGAUGGUGUCUCAGACUAAUGUCUUCUUUGAUACUGAAGCAUGUGCUCUGUCUAUAAACCUUCCAAUGUCAUGGUUUUCUUCCUCUGUUCUUUUUUUUCUUUCUUUCUAAUUUUGAGGAUUUUAGGCUUGUCAUGUAUGGUCAUAGACUAAUAAAGAUCUCCAACUCCAAGGCUUUUCUUUCAAACCAAAAAAAUAUGAGAAAAUUAU